AUGAGAAUCCUAUUGAGUAUAGCAACUUUGUAUACAAUUUCUUACCUACCAAAAAGCGCGCUAUGGUCCUAUAGGCAUGACGAAUCAUUCAAGGAAAACCCAGUGAAUGUGGUUACAAAUACUGAAAGUACUUUUAAUGAUAAGAAAUACCCGAAUACCUCUAAUACCGGUGAAAUUGGUAGUACCACUGAAAAAAUACUUAGUGCUAAAGACAAAGGAGGCACAAACAUAAAUAAUAAAAAUGAAAGCACCGUUAGCGUUAUAAAAAUGGACACUAGAAAAACUAAAGAUACAUUUUUAAGCGAAGACGCGUAUUACGACUAUUUCGAUAUGUUGCAUUAUUAUCAACUAUCCGUAAUAGAAGAUGUAAGUAGCUAUACAUGUACAGAAAAAAAUGAAAGGCAUGCUCUUCUCGGAAGAUCUCAGAAUUAUAUUGAAUGCAUGAACGGAACUGCUUACUGCUUGGAAUGCUUGAAUGGAUUACACGUCGAUCCUGAGAAAGUUUAUGUAUCACCUUGUCAAUACGCAAUUGAUGUUCCAAAUACCGGGAAAGCUAUACCCAGAAGAAAACCUACAAGUGAAUGUCCACACGACUUUGGUUAUUAUAAAAUCGAAGACAAACAUAACUGUAGUAGUUUCAGGAUAUGCGAAUUUGGUGUCGGAUACGAUUAUGAAUGUCCUAAUGGGCUUGCGUUUAGGUCAGACACUCUCCGAUGCGACUGGCCACACAAGGUCCCUGAGUGUGAUGCUGAAGCUUAUGCUAACUUUGUUUGCCCGGACAAAAAAUUAAGUUUGGAAUAUUACGGAUCUCCAGUUGACUGCCGAGAAUAUUUUGUAUGCAUACAAGGAGUGCCACGUCGCCAAGUGUGUGAACAAUAUAUGGGUUUUCAUCUCGAAUUAAAUUAUUGCGUGCCAGCUGACAAUGUAGAAACAUUUGGUAUACCAACGGACUUAGUAACUACAUUAUGGAUCCAAGAAGGUAACGAAACAUUUAUAAAUCAAGUAGAUAAAAGUGCAAAUGUGCUUAAUAAACUUAACCAAAAUUAUUCCUACUUGGCCAAUAGAAGUGUUGGCAGAUAUGCCAGUGAAUCUACAAGUACCACUGAAAAAAUACGUAAUAGAUCUAUACACCAAGAUGAUGCAAAGCAUAAUAAUAUCAGUGAAAUAAUUGGUACAACUCAAGACAACGAUGAAGACUGCCCACGAAUAAAUAGAGAAAGCGAAAAGAUAAUCGGCACUAUAAAAAAUGAUACUAGAAAAUCUAUUCAAGAUAUAUUCAUGAAUAAAAACGAAUAUAAUAAUUACGUCGAUAAUUUAUAUUAUCAUCAAUUAUCAGUACGUCGAAGUUUAAGUAAUUAUACAUGUAUAGAAAAAAAUGGACGAUAUGCUCUUCCCGGAAGCUCUGAGGAAUACAUUGAAUGCAAGAACGGAACUGCUACACACAUGCAAUGUCUUGAUGGAUUGCAUUUUGAUUAUGAGAAAGCCAAUGAAAAAUCGCCCUGUCAAUAUUCGAUUGAUAUUUCUGGUGGUAAAAAAUUAAUGAAUCAUCACAAACAGACAGGAGAAUGUCCUCAUCAAUUUGGUUAUUACAAAAUUGAAGAUGCACACAACUGUAGUAGCUUCAGGAUAUGUGAAUUCGGCAUCGGCUAUGAUUUUAAAUGUCCUAAUGGGCUUGCGUUUAGGUCAGACACUCUGAGAUGCGACUGGCCACACAAGGUCCCUGAAUGUAAUGCCGCAGCUUAUGCCGACUUCAGUUGUCCAGACAAUAAGCCAAGUUUCCAAUUUUACAGAUCACCCACGAACUGUCAAGUCCAUUAUAUUUGCAUACAUGGAGUACCACGUCGCCAAGUUUGUGAAAAAUAUAUGGGAUUUGAUUUGGUAUCCAAUUGUUGCGUGCCAGCAGAUAGAGUAAAAUCUUGUGACCAACAAAUUCAACUGUUGGCCAGUCAAUAUAGAAAAGACAAAUUACAAAAAAAUUUUCACUCGGAUCCAAUUUCGAAAUAUGAUGACGGCGAUAGCUAUUUUAACUUCAGAAGUAAAGGACUUUCUUUUGAACGACGCUUAUAUGGAAAAGCUAAAGUAAUUUCU